GCAAAGCUUGGACAUACUUCACUGGAUGAGCACACAGUAGACACUGGGACUGCAAAGCCAGUGUGUCUUCCUCCCUACUGUGCUUCACCUGCAAAAAGAAAGAUUAUCGAGGAGCAGAUUUCCAGAAUGUUGGAGGAUGGCAUUAUUGAGCCUUCUUCAGGGCCCUGGGCCUCUCCAAUUGUGAUAGUCGAAAAGCCAGGCACAGAUCCAAGAUCCUCAAGCAGUUCAUCACACCAGAAACCCACAAAGCCGGCAAACAGCUCGACCUCAACCUCACACAACAACCUCCUGGACACCAAGCAGUCUGGCUUCAAGAGCAAUCACUCCAUGGAGACUGCUCUGCUUUCCGACACUGAAGCCUUACGACUAGCAAGAGCAACCUCUAGAUCAUCUGUCCUCAUCCUACUUGACCUCUCUGCUGCUUUCGACACUAUGAACCAUCAGAUCCUCCUGUCAACUCUCUCCAGCCUGGGCAUCACUGGAACGGUUCUGCGCCGGGUGGAAACCUAUCUCUCUGACAGAUCCUUCAAGAUGCCAAAAACGAAAAUAUAAAGAAUACCUAGAGCCUGCCAGUGUGUCCAGAAUACCAGUCAAAACCAGGCAGACACUUAAGAAGAAGACUGCUUUUGAGGUAAAUGUUUUUAUUAAUUAUCCAACUAACAAUUUAAAAUGCAAUUAACAUAAUUGUGAAAUUUGAGUAAUAAACAUUACACUGUUAAAAUAGUACAGAAUUUUAAAGCCCUUAUAUUGCUUUAAAGGUGGGAGAGCCAUCAGGGACAAACACCUGCUCACAAUCAUACCAGACCCCUUCUGACAUGGUAUGGUACCCUUCUGAAGAUCCAGAUGACUUGACUUAAGACUCAGAUAUAGCGUCAAUUAUGGAUGGGUCACAGUGGGUGACUAAUUAUGAGGUAUUAUUGGAGCAAAACAACUGAGCACCUGUGACAGUGGAAUUUAUACUUGUAGA